AUGCAGCCUCUAUAUGGAUAUGGAGUGGCCAAAGUUGUAGACUCUAAACAUCCAGACUUUGAGAAAGGUGACUUGGUUUGGGGAAUAACAACAUGGGAAGAAUAUAGCCAUAUUGCAACACCAACACCACAAACUCUCUUCAAAAUUAACCCAACUGACGAUUUAUCUCUGUCCUAUUAUCUUGGAAUUCUAGGUAUGCCCGGCAUAACUGCCUAUGUUGGAUUUAAUGAGAUUGGUGCUCCAAAGAAAGGAGAGUAUGUGUUUGUUUCAGCAGCUUCUGGUGCAAUAGGUCAAAUCGUUGGGCAACUUGCAAAGUUGGCUGGUUGCUAUGUUGUUGGAAGUGCUGGAAGUAAAGAGAAAGUUGAUUUGUUAAAGAACAAAUUGGGAUUUGAUGAGGCUUUCAAUUAUAAUGAAGAAAAAGACUUGGAUGCAGACUUGAAAAGGUGUUUUCCUCAAGGCAUCGACCUAUAUUUUGAUAUGGUUGGUGGAAAAAUGCUUGAUGCUGUGCUUCCUAAUAUGAGAUGCCAUAAGCGCAUUGUAAUAUGUGCAAUGCUAUCACAAGAAAAUUUAGAACAACAUGAAGGAAUACACAACUUGAUAGAAGUUGUUUUGAAACGUAUUCAUAUGGAAGGGUUUCUUGUUUCUGAAUACUAUCAUCUCUUUCCGAAAUUCCUAGAAAUGGUUCAGCCCAACCUAAAAGAAGGGAAGAUUAAAUACUUUGAAGAUAUUGCCAAUGGCCUUGAGAGCGGUCCAGCAGCUUUGGUAGGGGUAUUCACUGGACAGAAUCUAGGAAAGCAAGUGGUUAAAAUUGCUGAUGAAUGAUUUUUCUUUGUAUGGAUAAUGUUUUAUGCAAUCACUUCGCAGACGGUUUGGCGAAAAAAGGAGUUUCUGCAGCUGCUUCUUUUCUGGCUUGGUUUUAGUGUUCUAUCAUUUUGCUAUUUCGGUAGUUCUUCUUUCAAGAAGAUCUGAAUUCUUCUUUUCUCAUGAAGAGCUCUUCGCUUCUUGUUUGUCCUGUUUAGGAUUUUUUUUUUUUUCACUUAUUAUUCCUAAGUUAGGUUUGGCUAUAGGAAUAGCUUGU